AUGGAAGACGCGGAGGAUAUCACGGUGAAGACGUCGUCUGAAGAUAAGAUGGUCCAGAGCACCCCCAGCAGCACGGGCACGGCAUCUGAAGCCUCUCCUGAACAUAGCAAUGCCAGUCCAACAGCCAAGAGUGACGAAGGCUCCGUGAUGCCACCUUAUCAGGCGCAAGCUGAGGGAACGUACUCGACAGACCUCUUUCGAGCCUUCCCCAAAGUCUGUCAGAAGGCAAAAAGUGGCGUGCAACUCUGCCAGGCCGUUUCAGCAUUCGUCACAGAGCGAGCUGGAUUGGAGAGUAACUAUGCACAGUCACUGCUCAAGUUAGCACAGAGUGCAAAGGCUGAAGACUGGUCGGAGCAGUUUACGGGAUGCUGGACCAUGUUUCAAGAAGCCACUGAGCAUUUAACUCAAGAGCGGUGGGCAUUUGCCCAGAUAAUGCAGAGUUCUAUUGUGCCUGGUGCAAAAGCCUUCGCACAACAGCAGGAAACUCAGGUGCAUCGCCUCAUUACAGAGGGGACAAAGGUGCGCUGGGCUCAACAGCAAAUGAUUUCUUCCAUGGACAAAGCGAAAGAGAAGUACGAGCGGAAAUGCCAAGAAGCGAUCGAGAUCACGACAGCAAUGAAAAAGAGUGACAGCACACUAGCAGACGUCCAUUCGUCAUCCUCUGAGUCGUCGUCCGAAGAAGUUUUAACGCCAAAGGAGCUGACCGACAAAUUGGCAGCAGGUGCUGGCCAACUGCUGACGAAGAUGUGGGAUACCACGUCUUCUUUUGGGCGCAACCCCUUGGAGCGACAGAGGUCGAGGCUAUAUAGCAGUCUUGAAGAUGUUAUCGCCGCGGAAAAGCACUACGUCCAGACGGUGGAGUACACAAACGCUCAACGUCCCAUUUUCGAGCGUGAAAUCAAGGAAAACUUGCAUGCGUUUCAACUAACAGAAGAACAGCGUCUCGAGUAUCUUCGAGACGUGUUGAUGCGCAUGCAGAAGGCUUUCAUCGCCAUGUUUUCGCGAUCUCAACAGUUCGUCGAGCGGAUGAAAGCAAGCGCCAACAAAGUCGAUGAACUGGCUGAUAUUGAGAAGGCGUUCCAAAGCCUUGGAAGCCAAGACGAGAUAGAUGUCGAUCGAGCAGACGUAUCGGCCAAUCCUUCCUAUCUGCGCAUGACGCAUAUCCAGGAGAUGUCAGACACCGGACAUCGGAUGGUUGGAAUAAUCAGCUCAGUCGUGACAGAGUUCAUUGCGACCGAGACCCGCUUUUCACAUUAUCUACGCAAGCUUCUGCGAACACAUGAAAAUGGUGGUCACGUUACGCCAACAGAUAUCUUCGGUACUUUAUCCAACGCAACGAGCUUCCUGUCCGAUGAAGGCGCAUCGAUGGCGAAUGGCUGGAUGGCGGUGAAGGAUCAAGUUAAGCUUCUUCUAGAAGUUCACCAGGAAUUCCGAUCGCUACUCGCCGAGCCCGUGUCUCUUAGCCUUGCCACCAUGAAGAGUGAGUACGAGAAUGUUCGAGUCUCAACGCAGGAGAGCUUUUCGAAGUUGCAUACGUCAUUGUGCUAUGAAGCAGCAGCUCACAAAAAGCUUCAUCAGAAGCUUGACACGAAAGCCCGGGAAUUCGCCAUGACCUUUUCGUAUUUGCCAGGAGCAACCCCCGUCGCUACGAAUUCCUACGGCAUUGAUAUCACGCAGGCUCUGGAGGUACUGAGUGCCAAUGUACGCUCGUUCAACGAAAAGGAGCGCCGCUCGGAGGCCAAGCUCCGUCAGCUUGCGGAGGAAAUACGCCAAUUGCAAGCGCAAGUCACCGAUAACACCAAAUCGUUGAAGCAGACGUACCAGAAUUACGUUCAGGAGAUCGAAGUUUUUAUUUCAACAUGCAUGAAGAACGAGAAAUACCGUCUUCAAGUCGGCAAGAACUCGCUGCAAUCACUAGCGAAAGCCAUCGAGCAUAUGCUGCAAGGUGGGACUUCAGUCGGAAACAAAGCCCUGAUAGAGUUUGAGAAGAUUGAUCCCAGCACAGAUAUGACCGAGUUCAUUCGAGUCAACCAACAGCCGUACGAACAAAUCCAGCGCAUCGUUCCUGCUUAUCACGGCAACGAUAGCUUAAAAGAAGCGAUGCGAGAAUACCUUUCGUCGCUUGGUGCGUCGUCGUUGAGCUCAGAAAAUGUAGACACCAGCUCUCGAAGCCGUACAAGUAGCAUCAGCGCGUCUAUUGCAAGUCUCAGAAGCGAAACAAAUGCUUCGUCCGAGAAGAAAUCCCCGCGUCCGAGUGUUAUCCACGAACGAGACAAUAACACAGCGACAACAAACGACGCCAAUGCAGAUGGCAAUCUUUCGGAAGAGGAUGAAAGUGAAGAAUCUGGAACGGAGCAAGAGGAAGAUUACGCCGAAUCGCAGCCGCUAGGCGUUUCCGACUUCCAAAAGAAGUUCAAGCUGGACGUACCCGAACAAGUUGUCGAAAGCUAUUCGUGCGCACUUUACCUGUCCAACUUCCCAUACCAUGGACGACUUUAUUUAACCAGAGACAGCAUGUGCUUCUCGGGGUGGAUUGACACUGUAUUCGUUGCAUCAUUGUCAGACAUUUCAGCAAUGGAGAAGAAGAACACAGCGCUGAUAGUUCCAAACGCUAUUGAGUUCACAGUGAAAGGAGAGAAGGUGUUCUUCGCUUCAUUUGUUUAUCGCGAUGAAUGCUAUCAGAGUAUCCAGCAAUUGCGAUCCAUAAAGAAGGAAACUGAAGAGCUUAUGUCAGAUCCAGCAAAGCAACCCGAUACUGAGUUUCUUGACACAGACAACAAGCCUGUGACUAACGGCGAGUCAAGACGGCAGGACAGCCGAUCCCCGUCUUCCCCAUCUUCAGAUUCUGUGUCAACACCUCCCACAGUUCCAGACAAGGAUACACUUCUGAGUGAGUACGACAUGCUGAUGGACGAAGAAGUAGAAUUCAGCAUUGCGACUGCUUACGCAACGUUAUGGGUCGAGUCGGACACUUUCUCGCGUAAUGUUCUUGAGGCAGCCGGCGCAACGAAAAUCUCUCUCCCUGCAUGGGAGAAGAAAUCUACCUCGUACACUGCAGUGACCUCACCCGACACGUUUGAUGGCUCUCGGGUGGUCUCAUACACCCACAACAAAAAGUAUAUGGUCGGUCCCAGUGUCAUUCCUACGACGCAAACCCAGCGCUAUGCGUACAAACCAAAUAGUCGCCUUGUUGUGAGUACGACGACGUGCGUUUCCGAUGUGCCGUACUGCGAUUACUUUCGCGUUGAACAUCGGUGGGUCUUCAGUGCUACGAAAAAACGAGGCGUGUGUUUGGCUCAAGUGGGGCUUCGCGUGCAAUGGAUGAAGAGCACGUGGCUGAAGAAGCAGAUUGAAAGCACAACUGUCACUGAGGCCAAGGAUGCUAUUAAAUCAUGGCUCAACGCUGCUCACGAUACAAUCAAGGAGAAUUCAUCAACGAGUAGCAGUGCUGGCCCUCCUCCACCCGCCAGUAAAGCUUCGGCAAUGCCAUCGGAGUCUGAAAGCAAGCAGGAUGCUUUAUCCACGAAGCCUAGUGAUGAGUCUGCAGCCGUAACAAAGGCCUCUCCAAAUGCGCCAACUUCCACUACGAUUAAUGGACUGCUGACACGACUUCACCCAACAAUUCAAGUGGCAAUCGCUGUCUGCGCACUGAUGUUCUUCUACACGAUGUAUCGAGUGUGUGCUGCGAUAGACCAUAUGCAAGCAUUGACAAGGGAGUCGCUGAUCCAGCAGCGUCAGCAACACGAGUUACUGAAGGAGCUUUUAGAGAUGCUUGGACGAACGAGAGAGUGAUAAUCUUUGACUCGAAAGCUAUGAACGAAGAAAUAACUGGUAUUAUAGUCUCAUCUUUAUUGA